AUGGCCCCACCAAUAUAUGUAAGAGGUGGUCUUUGGACCAAUAUCGAGGAUCAGAUAUUGAAGGCUGCUGUACAAAAGUAUGGUGUACAUCAGUGGAGCAAGAUAGCCUCGUUGCUGCAGAAGAAGAAUGCUAGACAGUGUGAAAUACGAUGGAAUGAGUAUUUGAACCCGACUUUGAACUUCGAAGAGUUCACUAAGGAAGAGGAUAAGAAACUACUUGAGCUAGUUAGGACACUCCCAAAUCAAUGGAGGACUAUUUCAGAGUUGAUGGGCAGGCCAAGUCAGCAAUGCAUUGAGAGGUACAACAUAUUACUAGAGACUGAGCUAUCAAAGACCGAUGGAGAAGCAACUACCUCGGCUAAUUCAGCUAUCAGUACGUCCUUUGGUUUCAAACCUAACGAGAUUCACCCAAGUGCUGAAACACAAAAGGCUAAACCAGAUAACGAUGAACUUGAUGAAGACGAGAGGGAAAUGCUCUCUGAGGCAAGAGCUAGACUUUUGAAUACUCAAGGUAAGAAAGCUACUCGAAAAGUGCGCGAGAGGAUGUUAGAGGAAUCCAAACGUAUUGCACAAAUACAGAAGAGACGAGAAUUGAAACAAGCCGGGAUCAAUACAUCACUAAAGAAGUCUAAAAAAAAAUACGAGAAUGAAAUUGAUUAUAACGCUGAUGUUGUCUAUGAGAUUGUACCUCCUGCUGUUUUAUAUGAUGUAACUAGGGAGAAUGAAAGAACACAAAAAGCAUUACAAGACUUUGAAAGAAACAUAGCAAAGAAAGGAAAAAGAAAGUUCAAAGACGACGGAGAGAAAGAGUCUUCCCCACGUAAAAGAUCCAGGGAUAAGCGUCCAAACAAAGAAGACAAUAAAGAGACAAGUAUGUCAAUUACCAGUAAUGAUUCAGUGCUAUUAAACGACAUGAAGAAACCAGUUUUAAACUUAUCAGCUCCAAGGGCCGACGGUGAAAAUCUUUCUGUUUCUUCUAAUAACACUAACGAUGCGGUCCUGGUCAAAAAGUAUCUUACCGAAUGUUUUAGUGCAUUGCCUACGCCUAAAAAUGAUUUUGAAAUCCUUUGGGAGGAUUCUGAUGAUGACGACGAACAAGAAAUAGUAAGUGAAGAAGACGACAACUCUAUAAAGGUACAAGAAAGCGAACAGCUUUACGAAUUACCAAUGGAAACUUUUGACAUAGUUGACAGCUCAAUGAUACCAUCUAUAAUUGCAGACCCAAAAAAUGAAUUUGAAGAAGAGUAUAAUAAGCUUAUUAAAGAUGCUAGAACUAGAGCUAAACCAACAAUCAGCAAAGAACAUUUGCAGAUUUGGGAUGAUUUAAACGAGGAAAUACAAAAGGACAUUAGUGGAAGAACAUCGCUUACAAACCCAGAGGUACAAAUAUCAACAGAUACUAACUUGGAUGAACUGCGGGCACAAAUCCAAAAGUAUCAGCAAAGGAUAAGCAAUUACGAUGAACAACUACACAUUAUCAAGCCACUGGUAGAGAACAACGAACAGAUAUGCAAUACCAUUAUCCGUUCACUAAUCCCGGAACUAAAGUCGAAGCAGUUGAAGUACUACACGAGAUAUUACAUGUUCAUGAAGGAGCAAAAACAUAUCAAAAAAAGAACCAAAUAA